AUGGAGCAUAAAAAUUAUCCAGCAGUUAGACCUAAAUCUAUGGAAAUUGGGACUACGACUAUCGACCUUGAAACAAACAUGUUUAAGUAUACUGGUAAGAUGAUUACUCUACAUUAUUAUGAUGUAAGAUUUACACCUGAAAUUAAUAGGAAGUUUGUUUUUGAAACAUUUAUGAGGGCUUAUUCAGAGCAUAAGGCGGAUUUUCCUGAAAUAGCUUUUGAUGGUGUUAACACUCUUGUAUCUACAAAUCAUUUUCAGAACAAGACAUUGAAGUUAGGAAAGGAGAAGAUUAUUACAAUUGAUAUUGUUUAUAAAAAUUCUUAUGACAUGAAUGAUUUCAAGAAAGGUAUGGAUAUGAGUCAGCACAUUCAGUGUUUGGAGGUUGUAACAAGGUAUUGGCAGAAGUUAAAUAGUAUUAAUGAUAGGCACAGAGUGUUUGAUGAAAAGUCAGAUGGAGCAUUAAGUGCAGUUAUUGAGUUAAGGAUUGGACUUGCUCAUAACAUCAAACUUACUUCUAGUGGUUUUUAUUUAAAUGUUGACACGGCAUUCUCAGGUUUUUACAAGAGUAUGCCACUUACAGAAGUUAUUGUGUCACUUAUCACUGAAUCUAAAAGGCAAUCUCAUAGAUUUGACAGAAGGGAUAAUACUCAAUACAAGAGAAGGAAUGAUUCUGUAGACUUAUCAAGAGAAAAUCUAGGAGAAAGAUUUUGGUAUGAUUUUGAGAAAUUUAUUAAAAAUGUUAAGGUAAAAACUAAUCACCGUGGGCCAAAGCAAAAUGAACUUAGUUUUAAAGCAUCAGGAAUUUUGAAAGAACCUGCUAGCAGUUGUAGGUUCGAAAUGGAUGGUAAGUCGUAUACCGUAGCAGAAUAUUUUGCGAAUACUUAUAAGCCGCUUAUGUAUCCGAAUUUACCUGUUGUUAUAAUUAAGAAAAGAGGAAUGGAAUUAUAUUUUCCCAUUGAAGUGUUAAACAUUCAUGCUGGGCAGAGAUAUGUUAAAAAGUUGGAUGAACAACAAACAGCUACUUUGAUUAAAUAUGCUGCCAAACCACCAGUUGAAAGGUUUAGCAUUAUUCAGGAUAAGCUUAGGGAUUUACCAAUUUUGAAGAAUAAGGAAAAUGAUUCUUUUAAUGUAGUCUUUGAUUCCAACUUUGCGAAGUGUAAAGGUAAGUUAUUACAGACUCCUAAAAUUAAAUUUGCGGGAAAUGAUGAAUCUGCUAAAAAGGAUGUGAUAAAAGGUAGUUGGAAUUUGUUUAAGGCAUCUGCUCUUAAUCCGGUUAAGAUUAAGAAUUGUAAUGUUUUCUUUUUUAGCGAUCCACAAAAAUUUAACAUCAGAAAAUCUCUCGGUGGAUUUGUUGAUGCAGCUAGAAAAUAUGGUGUGAUAUUUGAAACGAAUCCUCAAGUAAUUUGUGUUCGAAAUGUCGAUGAGAUUAUUCAAGAAGCUAAUAAGCCAGGAGCAGCAGCAGAAAUUUCAUUGGUAGUUUUACCUGAUAAAAGUACAGCAAGAUAUGAAGAAAUUAAGAGGAAAACUGAGACAAGAUCAAGAAUGGUAACUCAAUGUGUAUUAGAAAAGAAUUUUUCCAGAUUGGACAAUCCUCAAUUUGCUGGUAAUCUUUUGUUAAAAAUUAAUUCUAAAUUGGGCGGUGUGAACUUUAAGGUUGAUAAAGAAUUUUCAGUAGUGAAAGGAAAAGCUACUUUGGUGAUAGGAAUUGAUGUAAAUCAUCCUGGUAUUGGUGAUUUGAACAGUCCAAGUGUUGUAGCUAUUGUUGGAGGAAUGAAUAAUGAACUUACAUCUUUUAAAACUAUUAUUAAGCAGCAAGACAGAAGACAUGAGAUAGUUGAAAAUUUGAAGGAUGACAUUAUUGUACUGCUUAAAUCCUUUUAUGCGAAAGCUAAGGCUAAGCCAGAUCAAAUUAUUAUCUUUAGGGAUGGAGUAGGUGACACUAUGUUCCAAGAAAUAUUUCAAAAAGAAAUUGAUGCUAUUAAGCAAGGUUGUGAGAAGAUUGAACAAAAGUAUAGUCCUAAAAUUACUUUUAUUGUAGCUCAGAAGAGACAUUCAAUAAGAUUUAAUGUUCCUCCUUCUAGCAACUUUAAAAAUGCCGAUAGGGGAAAUGUCCCACCUGGUACAGUAGUGGAAGAGAUUGGGCAUCCUAUUUUAUUUGAUUUUUAUUUAGUAUCUCAUCAUGCCCUACAAGGAACAGCAAGACCAGUAAGGUAUUUAGUUUUAUUAAAUGAAUCUGAAUAUAGUGCUGAUCAGAUUUAUGAAUUUGUUUACGGAAUUUGCCAUAACUAUGCGAGAGCGACCAAAGCUGUCUCUGUAGUACCUCCGAUUUAUUACGCGCAUUUGGCUGCCUUCAGAGGAAAAGCUUAUCUUGAGAAAGAGCAUGGCUCUGAUAAAGUUAAUAUGGUCCAGCACAAUCCUGCGUUGGAUGAUAAACUUUACUACGUUUGA